GGAGGGAGUUGGAAGAAAAAAAAAAAAAAAAAGGGACUGAGCAUUUUUUACAUAGUCUGCGUGAUAACAAGGGAAAAGGAAAGACUGAGGGAUGAAUAGGAUCAUGGCGAACUUCCAUCUAUUAUUUGGUUCUGUUUGGUACCUAUGCCUAGUGCCAAGCAAUUCUUGCCCAGUCCGCUGCAACUGUGUCACCAAUUCUGCCCAUCCUUCUGCAGAUUGUUCUUACCGUGGUCUAGAUUCGGUACCAACUGGCCUCCCUUUCAACAUCAGCCAAAUUAGCCUCUCUGCCAACUCCAUCAGCACCCUAAACACUUCAUCCUUUGCCGCUACCAUAAUGGUCAAGUCCCUGUGGUUAGCAUAUAACCAGAUUACCAGUAUUCAACCUGGCACUUUCAAAGGCCUGUCAAAGCUAAUGAGCAUUGACCUCAGUCAUAACCAACUCUUGGAUUUUCCCUGGAGUGAUCUCCCAGCCCUCCACGAACUUCAGGUCCUGAUUCUCAACAAUAAUAAUCUGGUGACUCUUCCAGCAAAUACGUUCAUUACAUCUAGAAGUCUCCGAUCUCUACAGCUCAGUAGCAACAAGAUACUAUCUCUUCCAGAAGGGCUUUUCGACUCAUUGACAUCAUUAUCUCACCUCAGUCUUUACAAUAACCCAUUUAACUGCUCUUGCUCUUUAUUUUGGCUUAAGGAUUGGGUAGGGAAAUCCAUGGUCACCAUUGACAAAAAAAAAGAGAUUGCAUGUUCGUUUCCCAAGGAGCUGUCAGGUGUCUCACUAGAAAAAUUGCCCGAUUUCCAAUGCAGAGCACCUUUACAAAUUCAGAGUAAUGACCCCUUGCUGGACAAGGCCUUGUUCCUCUGCAAGAAGGCUGGAGACCAAGACUUCAUGACAAGUCAUUCUAAGGAGAUUGAGGUGAUGCUACAAUUCAUGGACAACGGGAACAUUUUUGUGACUCCUAUCAAAAAGGACAUAGUUUAUAAUUGUCGUUUGCAUAACCAUACAGCAGGCAUCACAUCCCUUUCCAACUACCAGGCUUCAGGAUGGCUGCGGGAGGAGCAGGAGAAGCUUCUCUUGAUUAUGGUUUCGGAAAGAGGAAAUUCAGCAGUGAAUGUAGGGUCGAUAUCUUUGGCUAUAUCUAUGCUAAUUUGUUUGGCAGUUCAGUGGUAAUGAAUAAGGCAUUUUCUAGGGAUCCCAUUUGGCCAGGGUUCAGGUGACAUUGGGGUUUGUUCCCUAAUCUCAUUCUGUAUCCUGGUAUAUAUAUUAAUAUAACAUCACAUAACAUUGUUACCUCUACCUGCACAUAAGUUAUACAGAGUGAUUCGUAAAGAAUCUGCUAAACAAGGAUUAGGCCGAGAACAGGUGAAAUAAACAGGGAGGAGAUGAACGGGUUGAAAGAGUCCUAGGAAGGGAUAAAGAAGAUACAAAUGAUGGUAUUAUAGAUAUUAUUAAUACUAAGUGCAAUAAAGACAUAUGCAAAUUAUAUUGAGGCAUAGAUUCUCUAAAAUACAAACGUUCGUUUUACAAAAACGUGGAAGAUGAUACCAGUACGUUAGCAGAGCAGGUGCUUCAAGUGCACCAUGACCUAUGUUUGGCAAGGGAACUCAGUACAUCUUGGAAAUACCUUUGAUUUCAAUCUGAUUGUUCUCAAAGAAUAUCAAUCACCUUGGGUUCAGAAAUAAAAGAAAAAUUAGAAGAAAGAUUUUUUUUUUUUUUAAAUGACAGACAGCAAUGUAAUUGAUAAAAUUAGAUAAUAGAUUGGGUGAUGUUUGAUGUAAAGGAAAAUUCAGUAGAGUCAGAAUUCUAUGAGACAAAU